CCAACACGCACCGCACAACAUUCUUUAACAUUUGAUUAAUGCGCUAAAUGAUAUGAAAACCACACCACUUCGGCGGUUGUCGUGGCUUCCGUUUGUUGACUUACCAGCUGCCUUCUCUCUUUUCUCUUUUUGGGUCACCCUCCAGCUCCUUCAAUUCCCCAGAUUCACACAGUCCCCUCCAGCCAAUCUUGGUCGAGCAAUUUUGUUUCUUGCUGAUACUCCCGUAGACCCUUCUGGAUUCUCUCCUAGCCAGGUAAUUAUCAUCCUCUGCGCUCGAUUAUGAUUUUGUAUGGUUGUGUGGUUUUGGUUUGCGAAAAUGCUACUCGUGGGUUGGUGAAUAGUGCCCAGGUUGCUGAGCUUCAGAUUAAGCUGUCGUUAUGGAUGACCUGGCAGUCAGUGAUAUUAAUUUGGAUCUAGAUGCAAUUUCUAUAUCCGGGGGUGGUCAGGAGCUAGAAAAUGCUAUCAAAUUUUUGACAAAAGUCGACAUGGACUUGGCAUGUUCGUCAGAGAAGUUACUAAAUUUACACUUUCUUCUGAUGCAUUUACUUGCAUUAAAUGAUGAACUUGACCCAAGGGCAGUGGAUAAUGGCUACUUCAAAGAAGAUUUUCUUGAGAAAGCAUUGAGAUAUGAUUUGUUAAUUGGCAUUCUAGAUUCCGAGGUAAGAGAGGUGGACAUUUUCUUGGCUACUUUACCAGCAGAAAUUGAUGAUGCCGAUCAUGAAAUAUCUUCAUGCAGACAUUUCCAAGAAGUAUAUACUCUUAUGGAUGAGAAGUUGCAUAAAUGUCAAGAAUCUCUGAAGCAGUCUCAGGAGCAGGCUUUAGAGGUUAAGAGGCACAUAGCCAACUUUCAGAAGGACUUUGCGGCUGUCGAAUCUGAGAAAAGCGAAAAGGACAAGGUUUUGGAUCUGUCUGACAAAAAUCAACUCUUCAAUCUAAGUUUCAGAUCAAGAACAAAAGAGUUACCCAGAUAUGUCUCAAGGAUGCUAGAGAAAUCUCUUGCUAAGGAGCUCGCUCUCGAGAAGAAAUUGUUGGAAUCCAGACAGAAUGAAGAGGAUCUGAAACGGAAACUGCAUUAUACAGAACAGGUGGCUCUUCACAUGGAAGAAGCGGCAGAAGUUGUGUGGGGAAGGUUUCUAGAAGCAGAAAAUGCUUCGGAGAUACUGAUGGGUAUAUCCAAGGAGCUGGUAGGAAAGUAUCAAGUCAUUCAAUUUAACCUUAACAGCUCAGUACAACGUGAAGCAGAGUUGAUAUCUAAAAUUGAGAAUGUAGUGGAACAACUGAAAGCUAAGGAUAUCAUCGUGCAAGAGCUUGAGAGCGUAAAUGCUGAUUAUGUCACAAAAUGCUCUGAGGUUGUAAAUUUGAAGGACAAAGUGAAGGUACUUGAGGAGCAGCUCAAAGAAACGAGGUUCCAUCUGAAGGAAGCAAACACUUCAUGGGAAGCAAGUCAACAUCAAAUCAAUGAGAUGGAACAUCUAAUCGAGACACUUAAAGAAGGUAUUGAAGCAGCCGAAAGCAGGGUGGAUGCUGUGGAAGGUAAGGUGACAGAGUUAACUGACUCGAACUUGGAACUCACUGAGGAGUUAAAUUUUCUUAAGGGUAGCGUUAAUAGUAAAACUGAGAAGGUUAGUGUACUUGAGAAGCAGUUGAGGGAAUUAGAGUUACAAUUACAGCAUGCGAGGGCAUCCUCAGAAGCAAGUCAAGAGCAGCAGAACAUGUUGUAUUCUGCUAUUUGGGAUAUGGAAACUCUAAUUGAAGAUUUGAAAUCGAAGGUCUCAAAAGCAGAAGGCAAGACUGAUAGCGUGGAAGAGCAAUGUAUUGAACUAUCUGAGGCCAAUUUCGAACUUAAGAAAGAAGUCAGCCUGCUCAGGGCUAAAUUAAGACACUUGGAGAUGUCACUGGAUGAUGCCAAUAGCUCCAAAGUUGCCAUUGCUGAUGAAGUCAAUCUAAGAACUAAAAUCAUGAUGGAUACGGUCAUGCAACUAGCCUUUGAGAGAGAGCGGAUCCAGAAGCAGCUAUACUUUUUGACAAAGGAUGACACGAUGUUGGUUGGGAAGUUAAAGAAAGUGAGUGAAGAAUCAUUUAAUUCAAUAUCCCGUAAUAAGGAUUUCGAUGAAAGAGAGCCUCCAUUAUAGCGGUUCAACAGCUGGUGCUUGUGAUGAUACAUCUCAGAGACAGGAGUACCAUUUCAUAUCAGUGAGGUGGAUGAUCCAUUCAGGGAUGCGUGUUGAGGUGGCUGCAAAGUUUGGUUUUCCAUCUUGGCAGACACCUGUAAAUACAAUGAAGAUGCAAGGCAUUCCAGGUCGAUGUACAUUGUCAUGGAAUUUUUUUUUUUUUUGGGGUCAAAUCAUGCUUGGUAUUUGUUCUGUAUAUGUUCAAAAGAAGCUAAUUUCCAGGUCCAUGAUGUUCAAUUGUUGAUUUAUUCAAGAGGGCAUGUCUUUAGUUCAGAUGUGCUGCUCAGGGCGAUCGAUCUUUCAAA